GCCCAAAGAAAGAUAAAUAAAUGGCAACAUAACAUUGAAACGGCUAAGCUUUCAACUUCACUUCCCAUAACAGACCCCCAUAAAAACCCACCCAGCAGCAGGAGGUACUCUGUGAGAGGCAGGCAGGCAAUUGAUGGUUCUUCUUCUGCUCCUCCUGCUUCCCUCUGCAAACAAACCGGUGGUCUAUCUUUUGUAGUAAAUACACACACAACACAAUCAUUUUCUAUGAGUGAGUGAAAACUAAACUCUCUUCAAAUAUAGUAACAAACAAACAAAGUUUAUUUAUCAUCCUUUCAUGUAUAACACACUUGGAUUUCAAGAUUUAGAAAAAUGGAAUAUAUGAAAGAAAGAAAGUAACAUACUCAUCUCAACUUGGUAGGUAGGGCUUAUUUGUGGUUGAGAAAUUAACAAGCUUUACUUGUAAUAGCAAUAAGAGUGAGAAAUAAAACUUUGUUUUUUUUUUUUUUUUAAGGAUAGUUUAUUAUAGUUUGUUCUUGAACCAAAACUUGAACAAAAAAACCAAGUAUCAUCAUUCAUCAUCAUGGAUGGUUAUGAAGCUACUAGGAUAGUGUUUUCAAGGAUCCAAAACAUGGACCCUGAAAAUGCAUCAAAAAUCAUGGGAGUACUUUUGAUUCAAGAUCAUGGUGAGAAAGAAAUGAUAAGAUUAGCAUUUGGUCCAGAAUCACUUAUUCAUACAGUGAUUUUCAAAGCUAGAAAAGAGUUAGGACUAUCUUGUUCUAAUAAUUCAUCACCAACACCUUCAAGUUCAACUCCUCCAUCACCAUCACCUUUCCUUUCAAGACAAAAUUCAACUUCUUCAAGGCUUAGUAAUGGUUUCAAUCUUCCUCCUUCUUUAACCAUACCAAACCCUUCUUGGGGAGGAGCUACUAUGUCUGAAUAUCAAAACCAUGAUGAUUUGAUUAUGAGUCCUAACAAUUUAGUUAUAGGGUCUUCUUCAAAUACUUCACCUUUUUAUCCAAAUGGAAGUUCAGAUCCAGUUGAUGAUUUUCAACUUCAAGACCAACUUUCUUUCUUGAAUGAUGGUUCUGAUUCUAGUACUCUUUUUCCUUCAUAUGGUUAUGGAGGUAAUUCUCUUCAUAGAAGAAGUUGUUCUGUCAAUGAUGCUUGUUUAGGUUCUGAGGAUCCAAAUUCUGGUUUAGGAUGGAAACCUUGUCUUUAUUUUGCUAGAGGGUACUGUAAAAAUGGUACUAGUUGUAGGUUUCUUCAUGGUGAUGUUGAUGGUGGUUCUGCUACAAUUGUUGGUUCUCCUAACAAGGUUGAGAUGAUGGAUCAGUGUCAUCAUCAUGAACUCUUGAGAUCUAAAUCUACUCAUCAACAAAGAUUGGCUGCUGCUUCUCAACUCAUGGCCUCUAACUCUUUCCCUUACUCACCAAAGUGCAUGAAUUUCCUUUUACAGCAGCAACAAAAUGAUACUCAAAGGGCAGCAGCUGCAGCUCUAAUGAUGAGUGAGGAUUUGCACAAAUUUGGAAGAUCAAGACUUGAAAGAACUGAUUUUUCUUUGAAUAGUCCUACUGGAAUGAUUAAUCCAGCUUCUAGACAGAUCUACUUGACUUUCCCAGCUGAUAGUACUUUUAGAGAGGAAGAUGUUUCCAAUUACUUCAGUAUUUAUGGUCCUGUUCAAGAUGUAAGGAUUCCAUAUCAACAGAAACGUAUGUUUGGCUUUGUUACCUUUGUUUAUGCCGAGACGGUGAAGCUCAUUUUAUCUAAAGGAAACCCUCAUUUUGUUUGCGAUGCUCGUGUACUUGUUAAGCCUUACAAGGAGAAGGGAAAAAUUCCAGACAAGAAGCAGCUGCAGCAGCAGAUUGAUAGAGAAUUUUCACCUUGUGGCACUCCUACUGGACUUGAUGCUAGAGACCAAUAUGAUCUUCAACUUGGUGGAAGAAUGUUCUAUAACACUCAAGACAUGUUGUGGAGAAGAAAGCUAGAGGAAGCUGAUUUACAGCAAGCUCUUGAGCUGCAAAGUAGGAGACUAAUGUGUUUGCAACUUCUCGACAUCAAGAAGCAACAUCACCGCGCACUUUCCACCGGAAGUCCAAUUCCUUCACCUACUCAAUCACCUAACAUGUUCAAUCAUAGUCUUGUCCUUCCUUUCCACAGAAGCUCGGAGUCCCCUGAGGAGAAUGGUUCAAGUUAUGUUCCAGCUAGUACUACCACUGCUUCGGUUUCUGCCGGUCAACAAUCGGUCAACGGUUAUAUCGGCAAGGAAGUGGUGGCCAAUGGAGAGAAUGGAAAUAGUGAAAGCAAUGGAAAUGGCAAACAAAGCUCAAGUCAAGAUGAAGAGCUUGAUUUACAAGAAUGUUUGGACUUAGAGCAUAAUCUUCCUGAUAGCCCUUUUGCUUCACCUACCAAAGCUAUUGGAAAUGACUUAGUAGCACCAUUCUCUAAUGGAACUUAUGAGACCAUUGAUUCAGAUGCAUCUACUAACUCUAAAUUUGGAACUAGUAAAUUACAUCCUACAUCAGCAUCUACUCUUGAUAUGGGCACUUUUAAAUCCUUUAACUGCCAACUACCAAGGUUCUCUUCUGGCCAUGGAACUAUUGGGAUGUUUGCCGGUACCGGUGGACCGAUCGGCAUUUAGUUUUCUCUAUGUUCAGGAAAAUGAAGCAAAAGAUGAUUAAAGAAACAUUGACAUCCAACAACAAAUCUUGUAGAGAAUCACAACAUCAACAAAGAUGCCAACACCAUCACCAUCAAUCAUCAAUACUAUACUACUUACUACCAUACAAAAUCCAUACGUAAAAAAGCAGUUUCAGUAAAGGAAGUGGGACAUGCCAUUUCCCUUUCUUUUCUUAGCAAUUAUUGUACCAUUUUCUUUCUCUCAUAUAUCUCAGUAGUAGCUGAACCACAGGGUAAAAAAUUAUAUUAAAUAACACAUAAAAGUAUCUUAGUUAAUCAAUCUGUGUCUUAGGAACUCACCUCUUGGUGGUUGAUGCUGUAGUGUAGAUUGUUAGGGAUCUGGUCUUAGUGCAGUGUGACCGCAUGUAGUUAGCACAUCCAGACGGUUUAUAUUUUAAACCUAAACUUCAAAUUUAAAAUCUGAACUAUCUGAUCAAGAUCGGACUAUUCAGAUGUGGCUGUGGCUGACCGUAGUGCGGUCAAAAUCUUAGACUUCACACAAACCUAGUCCAGAUUGUUUAGUCCUAUGUUGUUACACAAGGUACCAUAAUUUCAAGCCCUUUGUAUAGCUGGAGUGGUAAAAAAGUAAAUGAAGAGAUGUUAACUACAA